UGCUCAGUGGUGGCCACGGAUCCCACCCCCUGGGCUUUAUUAGGGUGUGCCCAGGCCUAUACUGAGCGGCCGGCAGGGUUCCCCCUGGGGGAUGGGGGCCCUAGGCAAUUGCCUGGUUUGCCCCGCCCUAAUCUUACGAUGUAGAUGACAAUAAAAUAAGCCAGUAUGUUAUAAAUAUACUUAAACAGGGUGGGCAUGGCUAGCGCUGGAGACGAGCGGACGCAUGGUGCUGUAGCUCCCUCUCCUAAGCCCGUGCAUUGCAUUAUCCUGACUUGAUCCUGGCUUAUCCCUCGAACCGGACCCGCUCUCAUAUCCAGGGAUGCAAACAUAAUCCGAAUCGCAAUAAGGGCGGUGCGGUCGCGGAGAAGCUGAGUUUUACUGGGACCAGACCCAAGAUGGCGCCCGGACCUCUCACUCCUCAACGAAGCGCCAGCCUGCGUCCUCACCGGCCGCACGAGAUGCAGGUGAGACUGUUCCUGAAUUGAGUCUCAGGGAUGUUUCUGUGCAGUUGCUCGCUGCUGUCACCGCCUGCCAGACCGCCCUCACCGACAAGAUAGAGGAGGUAAAAGUGGAUGUCUGGUUACUAAGGCAGGACAUGCAGGCGCUGAGGGAGAUGGUCACUCACACAGGAAAGGAUCUCGGCCAUUGAGGACGCUAUUGCUCCUGUCCCAGCCUCCAUAUCUGACCUUACCUCUCAGCUGGAGCUCAGUAGGCAAAAGGCUGAUGACUUAGAAAAUAGACUGAGAAGGAAUAACAUAUGUAUAAUCGGCAUGCCUGAGAGAUCGGAGGGGUCUGCUCCUGGGGCCUUUGUGGAACAGUGGCUUAAGGACUCUCUGAUGCCCCAUUUUCUAUUGCCUUUACGUUGGAGCGGGCGCAUCGCGUCCCUGUGAAACCGCCUCCUCCUGGGGCCCCUCCAAGGCCUUUGCUGGUCCGCAUCUUGAGCUGCACUGAUCGUGACCUCGUCCUUCGUUUGGCUCGGAGGGCCCCUGACCUCAUUUAUGACAAUGCCAAAGUCUCCAUAUUCCCAGACUUCUCAGCAGAUCUACAAUGUUGGAGGGCUACUUUUGUGGAAGUUAAGAGAAAGCUGUGAGACCUGGGAAAUGCCUAUUCCAUUGUUUACCCGGCCAGACUUCGAGCGGUUGACUGAGAAUGCACCAUUUUCUUCACCGAACCCGGAAAAGCUGCUGAUUUGGUGCGCUGCCAGAGAGGAUCCCCUCAUCGCUGAACUCUCCUGCUGAUGUUGCCUGUCCUGCCCUUCAUGGCCGCAUGACUCUGCUCCUGAUGAGUACCCCCUCCCCCCCCUUCUUCCCCUCUUUUUCCUGUCCCCCCCCCCCCCCCCUUUACCUAUUGCUCUUCCCUAUCCUACCCCACUGGGAAGCCGGCUAUCCUGGGGCUGUGUGCCCCUGACCGUGGAAGUUUUGAUCCUGCCAAUUUUCUCAAAUGGGCCCGUAGUGGGGCAUCCCCCCACUACCUUUGCACGGGCUCCCCCGUAUGGCCUAGAGCUGAAAUGGUCCUAUUUCACCUCCUUGUCUUUGACUAUGGACGUUUCUGUUUCGUUUUGAGUUUACCGGUUUCACAUUCCCCAGUGAUUCCUGUUUCCUGUGCCUUCCCCUUCCUUUUUUUGAUGGCUGAUCUACGUUUUUUGUCGUGGAAAAUUAGGGGCAUGGGUUCGUCUAAAAAGAGGGCGCUGUUUUUUUCUCAUGUUCGUAGAUAUAAUCCACACAUUGUAUGUCUCCAAGAGACCCACAUGAUGCCUGCUAAUCUGGGGGUGUUUAGAAAACCGUGGGUUCAAUGGGCUAGUCACUCAUGCCAUUCCACCUACUCGAGGGGGGUUUCCCUGCUUGUUCAUAGGUCACUGAGGUGGGAGGUGGAUCAGUUAAGUGUGGACUCUCUGGGUCGCUAUGUUUUCGUUCAUACUUUUAUUGACAAUACUCCUUUUGUCUUACCAGGUAUUUAUAAUCCCCAUCCGGCCACACUGGAGUUGCUACAUCUCGCGGUUACUUUUGCAGCGGGGUUCCCCCAUGCUAGAGUGAUCUGUUUGGGGGACUACAAUCUCACCUCUGACCCUGACCGUUUUCAUGUGCCAACUCCACUGUCUUCGACGCCUCAUCCUACUCCCUUUUCCUCUUUUCUGUUUGAGGUGGGUUGGCUAGACAUUUUUAGAUGUAAAUUCCCCCGGCUAAGAUUGUAUUCAUGCUAUUCUAUUGGAUGUAAUGCUCUAUCACGCAUUGAUCUAGCUUGUUGUAAUCCCCUUUUUUUUUUCUUCCUGGUGUCUAACAUAUCUUUUGGGGCCCGAGCAAUCUCCGACCACUUCCCUUUGUUGGUGGAGCUUUUGCUGUCUCGAGUCCUAUGUUCGGAGAUAGAAGGUGCAUCCUUUCUGGCUACAGCUGAUUGGCCCUCACGAUCGGAUCCCUGACCAACUCCAAACAUUUCUUCAGGCGUCAAUCCAUUUUUGGUGAACAAUAGGGUGAUGUGCUUUACCAAAAAGCUCUAUCUUGGUCUCAUCUAUCCACAAGACGUUUUCCCAGAAGGAUAUUGGCUUACUCAAGUUCUUUUUGGCAAAAUGUAGUCUUGCUUUUUUAUGCCUCUUUGUCAGCAGUGGAGUCCUCCUGGAUCUCCUGCCAUAGCAUUUCAUUUAAUUUAAAUGUCGACGGAUAGUUCACACUGACACUGAUGCUCCCUGAGCCUGCAGGACAGCUUAAAUAUCUUUGGAACUUGUUUGGGGCUGCUUAUCCACCAUCCGGACUAUCCUCCAUUGACACCUUUCAUCAAUUUUUCUCUUCUAUCCAAGCCCAGGGAGAUUAGCUUCAGUGCCAUGGGUUGCAAACUUCUUGAUAAUGUUGCGCACAGUAGACAAAGGCAAAUUUAGAUCUCUGGAGAUGGACUUGUACCUUGAGAUUGUUAAUAUGUUUCCACAAUUUUGGUUCUCAAGUCCUCAGACAGUUCUCUUCUCAUCUUUCUGUUGUCCAUGCUUACUGUGGCACACACAGAUAUACAAUGCAAAACUGAGUGAACUUCUCUCCAUUUUAUCUGCUUUCAGGUGUGAUUUGUAUAUUGCCCACACCUGUUACUUUCCCCAGGUGAGUUUAAAGGAGCAUCACAUGCUUGGAACAAUUUAAUUUUUCCACAAUUUUGAAAGGGUGCCAAUAAUUUUUUCCAGGCCAUUUUAGAAGUUUGGUGUGACAUUAUGUCCAAUUUGCUUUUUUCCUCCCUUUUUUAGUUUAGUUCCAAUACACACAAAGGGAAUAAACAUAUGUAUAGCAAAACAUGUGUUACUGCAAUCCUUUUCUGUGAGAAAUACUUCGUAAAUGUUGGCACCCCUGAAAUGUUUCAAGAAAAUGGCUAUGACUGUAUACGUCCAUGCCUACUUUAAUUCUGCUGUGAUGUAAGCUCUGCAACCAUGACAUUGACAGCUUGUAUAAUGUACAGCACUGUUUCUCAACAUAUGUAUUCUCCAGCUGUUGCAACUCCCCCUAUUAUUACCCCAGUAUCUACUAGCACCAGGGGUACUGGGACAAAUCUGGUACGGUCAGGCUUGUAGCAUAAAAAAAAUAUGCUCUGGAACUGAACAGUAGCAGGCUGGCAUUAUUUAAGCGAGAGAGAGACCAAAUUACACCAUUGGUAACGCCAGGUUGCUACUGAUUGGUUUGUAUUUCGCUUGUUAUGAAAAUAUGGAAAACACAUUUUAUUCAUUUAUUUAUGAAAAAGAUAUUGUAGUAUCAAGCUUUUCCCAGUACCCCUAGUACCAGUGCAUACUUGGAUAAUAAUGGAGGGGGUUAGCAUCAGCUGUUUUACAGGGUAACGUUAAGCCCCACUUAGUAACGCCAUCUUAUAAACCAAAAAUCAGUAAUAAAAACCACACACACAAAGUUUAAAAAAUAGUUUAUUAAAAUAACUCCCCGACCACCAUUCGACCACUGUUUUAGUUCCGGAGGGAAAACCGCAAACGGGGCAAAAAUGAGCCGAUCGGAGUCAGCAUUACACUUUGGUCGGCUCAUUAAAAUGAAUUUCAUACGGGUGGAAUACUGCAGGGAUACGGGAGCACCCGGCUUUGGCUACCCCGUAUGCAGUCCCGUAAUGCUGAAAAUGUGAUGUGAAAGCAGCCUUAAAGGGGUUCUCUGGUGGUAAACAAAUGUUUUCAAAUCAACUGGUGCCAGAAAGUUAAACAGAUUUGUAAAUUACUUCUGUUUAAAAAUCUUAAUCCAGAGUAAAAGCAAAUCCCCAUAGCAAACCUCUCCUCUGGACAGUUCCUGACAUGGACAGGUGGCAGCAGAGAGCACUGUGGUCAGACUGAAAAAAAAUACACAACUUCCUCUGAAGCAUACAGCAGCUGAUAAGUACUGAAAGGAUUAAGAUUUUUCAAUAGAAGUAAUUUACAAAUCUGUUUUCUGGCACCAAUUGAUUUGAAAAAACUUUCUGGCACCAGUUGAUUUGGGGAAAAAAAAGUGUCCCCACCGGCGUACCUCUUUAACGACGCAGGAUGUAUAUUUACGUCCAGCGCCAGCUCCCGGGAUAUAUAACGCGGGGUCACGCGGUGAUCCCACAUCAUAUCGGGUCAGUCCCGGUGGCCAUCAAUGGCCGGGACCCGCGGCUAAUACCGGACAUCAUCGAUCGAGGUGAUGCCCGGUAUUAACCCUUCAGACGCGGCAUCGAAAGCAUCCCGGCAGCUCAGUCUGUGAAAUUGCAGCGUCCCGAACAGCUUGCAGGACACAAGGAGGAUCCCUACCUGCCUCCUGCGUGUCCGAUCACCGAAUAACUGCUCCGUGCCUGAGAUCCAGGCAGGAGCAGUCGAGCGGCGAUAACACUGAUAUAUGCCAUGUUAAUGCAUGGCAGUGAUCAGUGUAGUAAAUCAGUGUGUGCAAUGUUAUAGCCCCCUAUGUAGGCUAUAACAUUGCAAAGAAAAAGUGUUAAUAAAUGUGAUUUAACCCUAUGUAAAUAAAAAUAAAUAUAAACAUAUGUGGUAUCGCUGCAUGCAUAUAUGUCCGAACUCUAAAAAUAUAUAAUUAAUUCAACCACACGGUCAAUGGUAUACACAAAAAAAAAAUCCAAAAUAGCGUUACUUUUUAUCCCAUUAAAAAAUGUAUAAAAAGCGAUCACUAAGUCAGAUCAAAACAAAAAUGGUACCAAUAAAAACUUCAGAUCACGGCGCAAAAAAUUAGCCCUCAUACAUCCCCAUAUGUGGAAAAAUAAAAAAGUUAUAGGGGGUCAGAAAAGGACAUUUUUAACCCCUUAAGAACGCAGGGUUUUUCCGUUUCUGCAUUUUUUCCUCAUCACCUUCUAAAAAUCAUAACGCUUUCAAUUUUGCACAUAAAAUUCCAUUUGAUGGCUUAUUUUUUGCACCACCAAUUCUACUUUUCAGUGACAGUCAGUUUACCCAAAAAUCCACGGCGAAACGGAAAAAAUAAUUCAUUGUGCGACAAAAUUGAAGAAAAAAUGUCAUUUUGUUACUUUUGGGGGCUUCCGUUUCUAGGCAGUGCAUUUUUAGGUAAAAAUGACACCUUAUCUUUAUUCUGUAGGUCCAUACGGUUACAAUGAUACCCUACUUAUAUAGGAUGGAUAUUGUCGUACUUCGGAAAAAAAUCAUAACUACAUGCAGGAAAAUUUAUAUGUUAAAAAUUCUCAUCUUCUAACCCCUAUAACAUUUUUUUUUUCCGCGUCCAGGCCGAUAGGAGGACUCCUUUUUUGCGCCGUGUUCUGAAGUUUUUAUCGGUGCUAUUUUUCUAUUGAUCGGACUUUUUGAUCGCUUUUUAUUUAUUUUUUCAUGAUAUAAAAAGUGACCAAAAAUACACUAUUUUGGAUUUUUUCUUGCGCGUUCGCCAUUGACCGUGCGAUUUAAUUAAUGAUAUAUUUUUAUAGUUUGGACAUUUCCGCAUGCGGCGAUACCACAUAUGUUUAUUUUCAUUUACAGAGUUUUUUUUUCUUUUAUGGGAAAAGGGGAGUGAUUCAA